GGGUGAGUCCGUUUAGAGCACUUAGCGGCCCUAGCGGCCCAUAAAAACCGGACCCAGCGGGCGGGUAUCAGUGGAUCCUUCCUUAAUUCUGGGUGCUUACUUCUAAUGUUCUUAGCGUUACCCGACGCGUUCGAGUGCAUUAACUCCACGGACUUAUUCGAUUCCUCAUACAACUUAACUUUCUGUCUAUCCUCCAUCAACGUCUUAUGUGACAACUUUUCAAGACAAUUUAUUUAGCCUCAUUUUUACAUUCACUCGUUUAGUCGCGCGAUAUAGUUCUCUUAGCCUUCUUGCUUCUUAGUUGACAAGCCACUUAUGUCAAUGAAACGUGGCUGAUUCUCGCGUUUCACGAGUUGCCAUGAUCGUCAGAAGUAUUGCAUAGAACCCCGAUCUCAGAAGACUAUGUCCGUCAGACAAUCUUCGGCAUCCACGGGUUUGCCUUUCGUAGGCUCUAUUUCUCGAUGGGCUAGGAAUAAUCUCCAAACGCGGGAUGACGACCGAGCUUUGUUAGAAGAUGAUCCCCUAAGCAUUCCACUUGAAAGCCGCGAUCCCGAUCAAGAUUCGGUUCCCCUAAGACUAGGGAUAGGAGCCAGCCAACGCCACUUCAACGCAUCGAAGCGGAGUAGGCCAUGCCAACUCGCCAUUUUUAUUACCAUCUUCGCGGGAUUGUUAUUAGCAAUAACGUUGCCGCGUCGACACCCCGCUCCGGUUGAUCGUAGCUUAUUACCGUGUGGUAACGCGAGAUAUUCAGUCAAUGACCACACAUGCUACCGAGGCAACUUUCUGUGCCCCGUUAUUGACCGAAAGCGAACGUUACAGUGCGGCACUGAUUGCUAUCUCCCUCAGGAGUUUUCGUGCAAUGACGGUAAACUAGUCCAUCUCAGCUCUGAAUUGGGCGGAAAGCCGCCGUCCAAGGAUGUUAGUCGAGAGUCGUGUACCCCGAGUUAUCUACACUUAAGCGAUCCUCCAUACAAAAACUACUUUAUGUCCGAUUGUAGUGGUGCAAGCCAGAUCGUUGUAACUAGUCCCCUAACUGAUAGUGACCUUAACACCAUUAGUCCCAGGCUCCUCGUCGCUUGGCCAGCUGGAAACAGCGGGAUUGCGACGUUCUUUACACCGGAAAAUGGCGCCAACGGGACACUGGCCAUACAGCUUGAAAAUAUUUCUGGCACUAAUCGUACUCUAGACCCGCUCGUUGGCGGUGUCACCGGCGUCUUAUCUUUCAACUCAUCCGCGGUACUAGACUUAGCAAUUUUAGGGAGCAUUCGGACGAUACGCGAAUUUGUAGAAGGGCCGAGCACACUAACUCCUAAAAUCCAAGACGCCAUUCAAAUACAACAGCUACCCGACGGAGAUGUACAACUAAGCCGCAUGUGGUUCGACAAUACAACCGAGACAUUCUUGACAAUACAUAGCUCUAGUGAGACAACGAUCUCCAUUCAGAAUGGACAACCCCACUUCACCCCGGGUUCUUACACCUUCAAUGCUUGGACCAGUUACCCGCAGCUUGACCAGCUUGGAGCGAUGGAAGUCAUCAAUCCUGCGUCACAAUCCGUCAUCACUCAAGACCCAGAAGAUGUGGAUUCGCUUGCUUUUCUCUCGUACAGCUCGAAAGUACUCGCUGGAGCUUGGAGGUUCCUCACUUACUUCGGUCGCGACAGUCUAAUUUCGCUUCUUCUCCUGCGACCCAUUCUUAGUGAGGGCGAUGGUGGAGCAAUCGAGGCCAUCCUCGGGGCUGCUAUUGAACGAAUAGAUCCGAACGAUGGUAGUGUAUGCCACGAGGAGACCAUCGGUGACUAUGCGACAUACCUGAAUGGACAACAGGGAAUCAGCAGUACAGAUCCUCAGUGUGACUACAAGAUGGUAGAUACCGAUUUCUUCCUUCCGAUUGCCAUCAACGAAUAUUUCACCAAUUCCACGGUCGGUAAGUCGCGUCGUGGCGCAUUCUUCGCUAAGAAUGCGACCUUCCUUCCCUCUAGCCGGGGGUCCACAUAUGAGAAUCUUACUCUUGCUACUGCGGAGAAGAUAAUGAACAUUACCGCCAACUUUGAGAAAUCCCCCACAAACGAAAAUCUUAUCCGCCUUAAAGAUGGACAGAACGUGGGGCAAUGGCGGGACAGUGGUAACGGUUUAGGCGGUGGACGUAUACCAUACGACGUAAACACGGCACUAGUUCCUGCUGCUCUUAAGUCAAUCGCAUCGUUAUCUAGCAAUGGUUUCUUUCCUUCACACCCCUAUUGGAGCACAGUCGCUAGCAAACGUGCUACUUUCUGGGAGGACAAUACCCUUGCUCUAUUCCAGGUCAACAUCACGGUGGACAAAGCACGAGGUCUCGUCGAGAGCUACGUCAACCAAACAGGCUUCCCAGGGAAGGUUAACACGUCCGACUUGAACUCAUCGGUCGUAUUCCACGGUCUCGCUCUCGACGGUCAGGAUCAUACACCCAUUGUAAAGGUCAUGAACACCGACGACUGCUUUCGGCUUUUCCUUCUCAACAGUACCAAUCAGACUCAACAUUCCGCUUUCCUCUCUCAGGUAGCCGACAACAUCUUACGGCCAUUCCCUCUCGGUCUAUCGAGUAGCGUCGGGCUUUUCAUCGCUAAUCCGGCGUACGGGGAUGGAUCUGUGGAUGCGAACGAGUUCACAGCAAACGCGUAUCACGGCACAGUGGUUUGGAGUUGGCAACUUGCGAUGAUGGCAGCCGGGUUGGAAAGGCAACUCGGACGGUGCGAAUACGAGGAUCUUCCGUUUUGCAAAGAUUCUGAAUUACAUGGGCGUGUUCUGAAUGCGUACAACCAUUUAUGGGACCUGAUCGCCGCCAAUCGUGAGCAUCUCAGCAGCGAGGUGUGGAGUUGGAUUUACAGAGAUAACGACUUUCAGUACACACCUUUAGGCGCUCUACCACCCCAAGAGGGACAGAGUCCAGUCGAAAGCGAUAUUCGACAACUUUGGAGCCUAGCCUUCUUGGCGGUGAAGAGGAAUGAUGCAUUCGGAUUAUCCUAAGUCUUAAUUUCAAGGUUGUAUGCAGCGACUUGGAUAUUGCAAAUGAAGUUAGGCAAGGUAUAUUUUGCGAUUUUCCCCGUCUUCUCUCGGGUCAGCGCACUAGUCGGGCGUCCGUCGUUGAGAGGAACUAGGCAGAGGCGGACGCACGUCCUGUUAUCACCAUAACCAACAUAAUUUACACCUCAUUUCAUAAUUUCAUAGAUUGGCACAACAACUGCGGUCGAGUGGAGCUCUACCAACAUUAUGGUCAUGUGGCAUAGCUAAUACUGACUUUAUAGGAUGAUAAAAUUAUUCAAGAGUCAAACAACCUUGAUUUGUAUGAAUCAAGUUUAUGAUUUUGAAUUGGACAAUCUUGGGAAGCGAAAUAUUAUUACAGGGAUUUUUGCCAAGGCCCCCCAAAUGUGACCCUCGCU